GGGUCAGUGAAGAGUCUGGCAGCACAUAGAGAUGGGAAAUGGCUGCAAGGAUUUAUCCAAAAAAAUUCUCCCCAGACCUUUUCCAUUGACCACACUUGAGAUGUUCCCAUCUCUAAGCUUUGCCUUGGUUUAGGUUAGAAUAUGUUCAGUUCGAUAGGACCAAUGACCUCAAAACCCGGACGGGGCUGAGAGCUUAGGUAGAGAGGACAGCAGUGUUGUUACCUCCAUUCUCACUAGUCCCCCCCCCCCCCCCAGGCUGCUCCCUCCCCACCCAACUGUACACAACAGUCCACGUGCCACCAGCUCAAACAAGCUCCCUAGGACACAAUGCAUGGUGACCGCUUGUGCCCACGUAGAGCCUUGUCCUGGGGAUAUGUCGCCGGGUAUCCAAGGCAACAGGUCACAAUAACAUCUCAGGUCAAAGCUGCCGGCCCCUAGAGCUCAUCCGGCAGCUGAUGAAUCCGGGAAAAGGAUCCUAACUUCCUGAACCCAGCAAAAAGAAAUAGGGAAACUUCGAAUUUCCCGAAAUCCAUUUCAGCCAUGUUCGGGCCAGCUGGGGAUACCAGUUGGAAUUCCUAUGAAACGACAAUGAUGCAUGUAUUCACACCUAAAAAAGGAGAAGUUCUUGAUCCAUUUCGUCAUGAUAAUAUAAGACAGUUAGGAUAUACAUACAAACUCAGCGAUCCCAUCAACACUGAAACAUUAUACAAAGAACAGUUUUCUUGGAAACCAUAUUCUAAAGAGGAAAUGAUAAAACCUCCAACUACGAGCCUUAGAAACAAAAGUCUCCAUUCUUGCCGGCUUACAAAAGCGAUUCAAGAAAAUUCUCCAUGGAGAAUUCCUGCUUCGAUACAAGAAAUUCGUAAAGCCAUAGCAGAUCAGUAUACAUCUCGUUCCCAGGAAGACUUUAUGGAUAAAUCAAAAAUAAUACACCUGAAACACACUAUACAUGUGCCACUUGACUGGAAAAAAUUGCUUCCUCGACGUCUAGAAACUGAGUUUAGACGUAAUUUCCAAGUCCCUAUGAAGAUACCUGAAUUACAAAACAUGAAUUUCAGAUAUGGAUGUAAUGCAUCGCUACCAGUUCCUGCUUAUGGACCUGUUCCUUCUCUAUUACUUAGUCACAUUUGGAAUCAAGAACAUUCAAAGAAACAAAGUACAUAUGAAAGACAUUAUGGAAAGGAAUACUUAGAUUUUGUAACAAUUCUGAAUUCUCUCAGUGAAUCUGAAAUCAAGGAAUACCUUGAGCAAGUUCCAGAGAGUGAAAGAAAAAUUCUUCAGAAUUUCCUAGAUAAAAAUUACAAAAAAGGGAACAAGCAUAGAUGAAUGCUUUGCCUAUAUCUGUGGACAUCAGCUGAUGCUUAUGGAACCAGAUUCUUCUGCCAGUAUUGAAAAAUAAUAUGUUGUUUAUUUGA